GCCCUCUCUCUCUCUCUCCUCCCCUUUCUCUCUCUUCAAGAUGGCUCUGGAAGCCCACCCAUAAUUUGCUCUUUUACACACCCAUUCUCUCUCUCUCUCUCUCUCUGAAAAUUGAGCGUCUCUGUUUUCUCUUCUCUCCACUCUCUCUCUCUCUAUAUCUACAUAUGUAGGAGUUUCAAUACACUUUAGUCGUGUGUUGUCUUUAAAGCUUUACUGAGAUCUGUCUACCCACUGUUUUUUGCUUUCUUUGGGUUUCAACAACUGGAUAAUAAGCAGAGAAAAGAAGUCUUUUGUCAAACUGAUGGACUGUAAUGAAUCAGGAUUUGGCAAUAAAAUCGCUCCGAUGGGGAAUUGAUUCCUUAAAUCGUGCUUGUUUUGUGGAACUAGUGCAAAUUCAACUUGUUGACCUCAAAACCUCAUUUUGGAUUGGAGCAAGCAUCUAAUCAUGUUGAGGAGAUGAACGAAGAAUAUCCCAGGCUUUUGAACUCAUUGAACACUUGCAUUCAAGUUGGUAUGAUUGAGAGUAUCAGAUUGGUAUCUGAUGAUCACAGCUAUUGUCCAUAGUUAUUAUGGUGACUCUUAUGGAGAGAAGCUACCUUAGGUUUUAUUAGGGCACCUGCAUUGCAACAGCUUGUUUAUCGCUUUAUCAGGUUGUCAUUGGAAUAAUUGUGUUUUUGUUCUCCAAAGGUGAUGAACUUGGCGCAUUUUUUAAUGGGACCUGUUUAUCAUUGAUAGGCUGCAUUGUCUUGGAAAUAUAUGAUUGGCAGUUGUAUGAUUUGCUUAGCUUGAUACUUAAGGAAGGCCCUUUUUCUCAGAAGUGUUUUACGAGUAGUUUCAUGGUGGUUUGAGUAUUGGUAGAUAAUAUGGAAGCUGAGAAUUCUAAUGCUAACCGUUUGCCAACUGUUCUCCAUCGGUUAGUUCCUGUUGUUGUACCUGUGCUUCUGGUUGCUAUUGGAUAUGUUGAUCCUGGAAAGUGGGCGGCAACUGUUGAAGGAGGUGCACAUUUUGGGUCUGAUCUAGUAGCUUUGACGCUUGUCUUCAAUUUUGCUGCUAUUUUAUGUCAGUACCUGUCUGCUCGGAUUGGCGUUGUUACUGGAAGGGAUCUUGCCCAGAUUUGCAGUGAUGAGUACGACAAGUGGACAUGCAUAUUUUUAGGAUUGCAAACAGAGCUGUCUAUGAUUCUGUUGGACCUCACCAUGGUCUUGGGCAUUGCACAUGGACUUAAUCAUCUGUUUGAGUGGGACCUGUUCACUUGUGUCCUUUUGACUGCUAUUAGUGCUAUUUUAUUUCCUGUUUAUUCCCUUCUGGAGAUGGGCAAGGUAAACUUUCUGUGCAUAUACAUAGCAGGCUUCAUAUUGUUUUCUUCUGUACUUGGGGUAUUAAUCAAUCAUCAAGAAAUGACGCUUUCCAUGAAUGGAAUGCUAACAAAACUAAGCGGAGAGAGCGCAUUUGCACUAAUGAGUCUUCUCGGAGCAAGUAUAAUGCCUCACAACUUUUACCUCCAUUCUUCAAUUGUACAGCAGCAGCAUGGACCAGAAAACGUUUCUAAGGAUGCCUUGUGUCACAAGCAUUUUUUUGCCAUCUUAUGCGUCUUCAGUGGCAUUUAUGUGGUGAAUUACGUGCUGAUGAACUCAGCAGCAAAUGCUUUCUACAGUUCUGGCCUUGUUUUGCUUACCUUUCAGGAUGCAAUGUCAGUGGUGGAACAGGUGUUUAGAGGUCCAAUAGCACCUGUUGCCUUUUUACUUGUUCUCUUUGUCUCAAAUCAAAUCACCGCAUUGAGUUGGGGUGUGGGUGGACAAGUAGUGCUUCGUGAUUUCUUGAAGCUGGACAUUCCUGGUUGGCUCCACUGUGCUACAAUCAGAAUUAUUGCCAUUAUUCCAGCUCUUUAUUGUGUUUGGAGCUCAGGACAUGAAGGAAUGUAUCAGCUUCUUAUAUUCUCUCAAGUUUUAGUAGCAUUGCUGCUUCCAUCUUCUGUGAUCCCUCUUUUCCGAAUAGCGGCAUCAAGACCAAUAAUGGGUGCCUACAAAGUUCCUCAGAUUGUUGAGUUUCUAACCUUGAUUGCAUUUAUUGGGAUGCUUGGGUUGAAGAUUGUAUUUGUUGUAGAAAUGGUGUUUGGGAAUAGUGAUUGGGUAGGUAAUUUGUGGAAUAUGGGAAGUAGUAUGUCUGCUUCUUAUGUCGUUCUUCUCAUCAUUGUCUGUGCAUCAUUUUGUUUGAUGCUUUGGCUGGCAGCUACGCCACUGAAGUCUGCUAGCGUUCCAUUAGAUGCUCAAGCGUGGAACUGGGAUUCACCAAAGUCUAUAACUGAUUCGUUCACCCGCAAAGAUGAUAUCGACAUAACUGAGAGUAGAUAUCAUGGAGAGGCACGUGUGCCGAAGCAAGAACUGACACCAGUCCUAGGAAGGGCCUUGGAUAGUCAGUCUGAUGUAACAGUUGCAAAUUUUGAUUUUGAGUUGCCUGAGACUCUCAUAGAGCCUGAUCAUGAGCUUCAAUCGACCACCGUAGAAGAAAAUAGUUCCAACAAUGCAUUUUCCAGCUCUUCAACAACCUAUAAGGAGGAAUCUGCAUCAAUAGUAGAGGCAGUUCCUGUCUCAACUGUAGUUAAUGAAGUUUCUGAUAUCACGUUAAUGAAAAAUAGUCAAUUGAAGACUGAUAUAAAGCACCCAGUUGAAAAGACAGUUGGAGUUGAAUCGGAUCUACAAGUUGAAAAAGAUGACGACGAGGGAGAUACCUGGGAGGCUGAAGACUUAUCCAAAGGGGCUCCUGGGACUCCGUCUUUCUCAUCUGAGGGUCCAGGGUCAUUUAGGAGUCUCAGUGGGAAGAGUGACGACUGGGGAAAUGGUGCUGGAAGUCUUUCAAGACUAGCAGGACUGGGUCGUGCUGCAAGGCGUCAACUAGCUGCAGUACUUGAUGAGUUUUGGGGACAACUCUAUGAUUUCCAUGGGCAACUAACUCAGGAAGCCAAGGCUAAGAGAUUGGAUGUGUUAUUUGGGGCGGAUUCAAAGGCUGGCGCUUCCUCUUUGAAAGUCGAUACCACUGCAAAGGAAAUUUCUGGGUACUUCCCGUCUGUGGGAGGAAGAGGAUCCGAUCCUCUGACGAACUCAAGUUUGUAUGACUCUCCCGAACAACAGAGGGUGCGAAGCAAUUUAGAGUCAUCAUAUGAUGUCCAAAGGGGAGCGUCUUCGUUGUGGUCCAACAACAUGCAGUUGGAUGCGUAUGCACAAAAUUCCAACUGUAAUGUUCUUGAUGCUGGUGAGAGAAGAUAUUCAAGUGUGCGUAACCUUCCGACUUCUGAGGCUUGGGGGGAUUAUCAGCCAGCUACAGUGCACGGUUAUCAGAUUGCUUCUUAUGUUAGUCGGUUAGCAAAGGAAAGAAGUUCUGAGAACUUGAAUGGUCAGCUGCAGUCUCAGGCCAUUAAAUCCUCUACAUUGGGUGCUACAAACUACAGAGAUUCACUUGCGUUUGCUAUGGGGCAGAAGUUACAAAGUGGAUUAAGCGCUGCUCAGGUCUCCGGCAUCCAGAGUCUAAUAGCUUCUAGAAAUAGUCUUAUGCAGACUGAACGGCCAUAUUAUGCUCUUUGUCCUUCUGGACCUGCUGAGACAGUGGUGACCUCAGCCAAUACCAAGAAAUAUCAUAGCUUGCCAGACAUUCACCGUGAUAUAUAUGCAUCUGAUAAAAUUCCUCAGUGGGAGAGUGCUAGUGGAUUUGGAUCAUCUGUUGGCAGAACUGGGUAUGAACAAUCCAUGUAUUCAAAUUCUGGUUCCAGGACGGGAGGUCCUUUGGCAUUUGAUGAACUCUCUCCAUCAAAGGUCUACAGAGAUGCUCUAUCCGCGCCAAUGAAUUCUAGUUUUGAUACUGGGUCCCUCUGGUCUAGGCAGCCAUUUGAGCAAUUCGGUGUGGCUGAUAGUGCUCGUUCCUUUGAUAGCAGAGUUGGAAGUAGGAUGAGUACUGUAAAUCAAGAAGCUAUUUCGCCUGCAGAUUUGGAAGCAAAGCUUCUUCAGUCUUUCAGACAUUGCAUUGUAAAGCUUCUGAAGUUGGAAGGUUCUGACUGGUUGUUUAGACAGAAUGAUGGGGCUGAUGAGGAGCUUAUUGAUCGCGUUGCUGCAAGGGAAAAGUUUCUUUAUGAAGCUGAAGCCAGAGAGAUGAAUCGGGUCCACAUGGGUGAGCCUCAGUACUUAUCUCCAGAAAGGAAGUAUUCUUCACUAAAGAACAGUGAUGCAAGUUUCGCCUAUUCUGCUGUUUCCUCGGUCCCUCAUUGUGGAGAAGGCUGCGUGUGGAAAUCAGAUUUGAUAGUGAGCUUUGGAGUUUGGUGCAUUCAUCGGGUUCUCGACCUCUCACUUAUGGAAAGUCGGCCAGAGCUAUGGGGAAAGUACACAUAUGUACUGAAUCGCCUUCAGGGGAUCAUUGACCCGGCAUUUUCGAAGCCUCGAUCGCCGAUGACCCCUUGCUUCUGCCUUCAUGUCCCAGCAGCAGCGCAGCAGAGGCUAAGCCCGCCUGUUUCAAAUGGAAUGUUACCUCCAGCUGCCAAACCCGCACGGGGAAAGUGCACAACCGCAGUGACACUCCUGGACAUAAUCAAGGACGUCGAGAUUGCAAUCUCUUGCCGAAAGGGACGGAUGGGGACGGCGGCUGGUGACGUGGCUUUCCCGAAGGGGAAAGAAAAUCUGGCGUCCGUCCUCAAGCGCUACAGGCGGCGGUUGUCCAACAAACCAGUCAUCACUCUAGACGGGCCCGGUUCACGGAAGGUUCCAAGUACAUCUGCACCGUAUGUCUCAACUCUUGUGUGAUCUGUUUGUCUCAUUUGCCCCUCUACCGGGAUUUUGAGCUAUAAGAUUUUGGUGUAAUAGCUCAUGUUCUGGAUGUAGAGUGCUCGGUUGUAUUCAGGAUCUCUCACAACCUCAACAUGUGUAUCAAAGUCAACAGCUGCAAAGAAAAAAAGGUUUUUAUUUCCAUGUAAUGUUAAUGUAUACAUAGGAUUGAGAAAUUACUUGAGACGUGUAAUUUGCAGCAUAAUUUUAAAGGAAAAUGAUUUGAAGGGGGUGGUGGAAAGUUGAUCAAUGCCAAUAUUUGUGUUGGUCGAUUCUGUGACUUCUUUUUUACCAA